AAUAUUGAAUUCGACUACUCUUUUCUUUUAUAAAAAACAAAGAGUUUAUUUUGCUAGCAACCCUACCUGUACCAUAAAUUCAACAUAGACUCAAUUAAUUAAGUUUCAGGCUUAUAAAAAUGGGGGAGUCAUAUGAAUACUAGAUCUUUUUUUUUUCUCUCUCUCACUUAUUUGAUCGAGCAUUUCCUUGGAAAAUUCAAGGUCAUGGAUUUGUUGAAACCCCGGCAACCUCAAUUCAAAAGAAAUAAAUAAAAUAAAUAACAAAAUGGCCUUCUUGAUUGGGUUAGGUUUUUCUCGUCCUCUUUUUCUACAACAUCCGCAGAAUUUUGGUUUCAACCUUUUUCCCCUUUUUGACCGUCGAGCGCCCUAGGAAUGGGAAAACAUGAAACAAUCUUGAGAAUGAUCUUUCGCUAUUAUUUAUUAAAAAAGAAACAAAAAAUUAAAAAUAGAGUUCAAAAUUUUAUUUAAUUUUAGGUAGAAUUUCAUAAGAACUAUUUCCAAAUAUUUUCGUAACUAUAUGAAUUUGAGGAAUGAGAAAGCGAGGGCCAGGUGGUAUUAUUUUACGAUCAUUUCAUUAGUUAGCAAAAUAAUAGCUUGCAAGAAAAGAAAGAGAAGAAGCCGCCGUUGUUGACUGAAAAUGGUGAUGAGAGAGAGAGGCCUUAUAUCUUCAACCGGAAACGCGACAGUCGUUUUCUCCAUCUCCUCUUCCUUCCUGGACUUGACUUCGUGUCAAUUAGAACCAUCCACUCCCAUUACAUCAUCCCUCAUUUUCAACACAAACAUUUUAAACUUCUACAUUGGGUACCACCUUUCGUAGAAACCGCCAUCCAAUCUUCUUCUACAGCACCCUCUGGACACAACGGAACCCCAGAUUCCAUGGCGACCCAGCUUGUUUAUGCUUCCAAAUACAUCCUACUUUCAGUCAUCACUAUUCUUCUGCUGCUCGCAACUUCGACUCUGGGGAAGCCAAGAGAUCAAACUGUGAGAGUGAUCUGCGGGAAAGAACUGGAGCACAACACCACCGCCUACGUCCCAAACUUUUUUGGUUCCAUGGAAAAAGUUAGACAACAAAUCGGAACUUCAGGAUUUGGAACCGCCGGUACAGGAAUAGGACCUGAUGCCAGCUAUGGGCUUGCCCAAUGCCAUGGAGAUCUCUCACCCCUUGAAUGUGUGCUUUGUCAUUCUCAAGCACGUACGAUGCUUCCCCAAUGCUUCCCUUUUAACGGCGGCCGAGCUUUCAUCGAUGGCUGCUUCCUGAGGUUCGAAAACUAUACCUUUUUCGACGAAUAUAAAGGACACGAAGACACUGCGAUUUGCGGGAACUUGACCCAAAAUGACCCCAACUAUAGACAAGCAGCCACGGCGGCUGUGAUGCAAGUGGUCAAUGGUGCACCAGACAACAGAGGCUUUGCGAAAGCUCGAAUGGCUGUGGCCGGGAUGACAAAUGAGUCCGCUGCUUAUGCUCUGGGUCAGUGCUGGAGAAGUUUGAACCGCAGCUCUUGCAGCUCAUGUUUGCAAAUUGCUUCUGCUUCAAUGUUGCGAUGUUUACCUCGAUCGGAAGGGCGAGCACUGAACACAGGCUGCUUCAUGAGAUAUUCAAAUACAGACUUCCUCAAUAAGGACAUUGAAAAUACUUCCAGAGGUGGCACGAAAACUGAAUUGAUAGUUUCAGUCUUGAGUUCUGUUGUUGUUUUGAUAAUCGGGCUGGCAAUUGGCACUUAUAUUUGGAAGCGCAGAUAUAUACAAAAGAAAAGGAAAGGAGGUUCAACUGAUGUGAAGAAGCUUGCAAAAACUCUUCAAGAUAGUAACUUGGAAUUCAAGUACUCAACCCUUGAAAAAGCAACCAACAAUUUCAGCCUAGAUAACAAGAUUGGACAGGGGGGGUUUGGCUCUGUUUAUAAGGGAACUCUAUCAGAUGGAAGAGAGAUUGCUGUCAAGAGAUUCUUCUUUGAUAACAGACAUAGAGCAGCAGAUUUCUACAAUGAAGUAAACAUGAUAAGCAGUGUCGAACAUAAAAAUCUGGUAAGGUUGCUUGGAUGCAGUUGUUCUGGACCUGAAAGCCUUCUUGUUUAUGAAUUCCUACCAAACAAGAGUCUCGACCGCUUCAUUUUCGAUACCAGUAACAGUAAAGCCCUUGAUUGGGAUAAGAGAUAUAACAUCAUCACUGGAACGGUUGAAGGUUUAAUAUAUCUACAUGAAAAUCCAAAUGUCAAAAUCAUACACAGAGAUAUAAAGGCCAGUAACAUCUUGCUGGAUCUAAAGCUUCAAGCAAAAAUAGCAGAUUUUGGAUUAGCAAGGUCUUUCCAAGAAAGUAAGAGCCAUAUUAGCACGGCUGUUGCAGGAACUCUAGGAUAUAUGGCUCCGGAGUAUCUAGCUUAUGGCCAGUUAUCAGAAAAGGCUGAUGUCUACAGCUUUGGAGUGCUUUUGUUAGAAAUUGUUACAGGAUUGCAAUAUAGUGGCAUUCAAGUCUCCGGCAACAUUGAAAGUCUGGUCACUGCUAUGUGGAGACAUUUUCAAGCAGGCACAGUUGAGAGAUUAUUUGAUCCAAAUCUCAAUCUUCAGAAUCACUAUAACAAGAAAGUAAAAGAUGAGGUAGUGAGGGUGGUGCAUAUAGGACUCUUAUGCAUCCAGGAGAUUCCAUCUCUACGACCAACAAUGUUGAAGGUACUACAAAUGCUGACCAUGGAGGAAGAGCACCUUCCUCCGCCCACCAAACCACCCUUCAUGGACGAGAUGACCAUGGAACUUGAUGAUUCAUGCAAGUACUCACGAUGUUAUUCUAAUACGGAGGGAUCUUCUUCUACUGCCACAGUCGGCCAUAGUUCUUUUUAUCCCAGAUAACUACCAUAAACUGGGGAACCCUUCCAUCUUCCUUACCUAGAGCUCCCAACCCCACUUAAGCAUUCGCAAGAAUGGGAGCAGCUUGCAUUCCUCGCAUAAACUGUCAGUCUCUUGAGCACCACGAAGACAAAGGAUCCAUUAACCAGAGGGUAGCCACCAUGAAGCUUUUAAACAAACUGACAUUUGUAGAUCCAAGGUGAUAGUGUUCUUCAAUAUUUUAGCUUUUCAAUCUCCAUUAUGUAUACAUUCACUUAAUUAAGCUUCAAUGUUUAUAUUGCCCAGGGUUGGGCGGAGAGGCAGAAAUAAACUCUUUACUCGAUCAGAGAGGUUAUAAUUCAAAA